AUGCUUCCAUUGUGCUUAACAACUCCAAGCUCAAGCACAACAACGACAGCUCCAACCACUGUUACUACUCCAAAGCCAACCACUGUGACUACUCCGCAGCCAACCACAGUGACUACUCCGCAGCCAACUACAGUUACUACGCCACAGCCAACCACUGUUACUACUCCAGAACCCACCACAAUUACUCUUCCACCAGGCUUGUGUAAUUUGUUCCCGAUGCUUCCAUUGUGCUUAACAACUCCAAGCUCAAGCACAACAACGACAGCUCCAACCACUGUUACUACGCCACAGCCAACCACAGUAACUACUCCGCAGCCAACCACUGUGACUACUCCACAGCCCACCACAGCCACGAAUCCCUGGCCAACUCUUCCGGAAGGAUUUUGUGAUAUAUUCCCGACGUUUGUGUUCUGCUUAACAACUCCAAGCUCAAGCACAACAACAACAGCUCCAACUACCGUAACUACUCCGCAGCCAACCACAGUCACUACUCCGGAGCCAACCACUGUGACUACUCCGCAGCCCACCACAACCACGAAUCCCUGGCCAACUCUUCCGGAAGGAUUUUGUGAUAUAUUCCCGACGUUUGUGUUCUGCUUAACAACUCCAAGCUCAAGCACAACAACAACAGCUCCAACUACCGUAACUACUCCGCAGCCAACCACUGUCACUACUCCACAGCCAACCACUGUUACUACUCCAGAGCCAACCACAGUGACUACGCCACAGCCAACCACAGUCACUACUCCAGAGCCAACCACUGUGACUACUCCAGAACCCACCACAGUUAGUCUUCCACCAGGCUUGUGUGAUUUGUUCCCGAUGUUUCCAUUGUGCCCAACAACUCCAAGCUUAAGCACAACAACAACAGCUCCAACCACAGCUACUACUCCACAGCCAACCACUGUUACUACUCCAGAGCCAACCACUGUUACUACUCCACAGCCAACCACAGUCACUACUCCAGAGCCAACCACUGUGACUACUCCAGAACCCACCACAGUUAGUCUUCCACCAGGCUUGUGUGAUUUGUUCCCGAUGUUUCCAUUGUGCCCAACAACUCCAAGCUUAAGCACAACAACAACAGCUCCAACCACAGCUACUACUCCACAGCCAACCACUGUUACUACUCCAGAGCCAACCACUGUUACUACUCCACAGCCAACCACUGUUACUACUCCAGAGCCAACCACUGUUACUACUCCAGAGCCAACCACUGUCACUACUCCACAGCCAACCACUGUUACUACUCCAGAGCCAACCACUGUUACUACUCCACAGCCAACCACUGUUACUACUCCAGAGCCAACCACUGUUACUACUCCACAGCCAACCACUAUCACUACUCCACAGCCAACCACUGUUACUACUCCAGAGCCAACCACUGUUACUACUCCAGAGCCAACCACUGUCACUACUCCACAGCCAACCACUGUUACUACUCCAGAGCCAACCACUGUUACUACUCCAGAGCCAACCACUGUUACUACUCCAGAGCCAACCACUGUCACUACUCCACAGCCAACCACUGUUACUACUCCAGAGCCAACCACUGUUACUACUCCACAGCCAACCACAGUCACUACUCCAGAGCCAACCACUGUUACAACUCCAGAGCCAACCACUGUCACUACUCCACAGCCAACCACUGUUACUACUCCAGAGCCAACCACUGUUACUACUCCAGAGCCAACCACUGUCACUACUCCAGAGCCAACCACUGUCACUACUCCACAGCCAACCACUGUUACUACUCCAGAGCCAACCACUGUUACUACUCCAGAGCCAACCACUGUCACUACUCCACAGCCAACCACUGUUACUACUCCAGAGCCAACCACUGUUACUACUCCAGAGCCAACCACUGUCACUACUCCACAGCCAACCACUGUUACUACUCCAGAGCCAACCACUGUUACUACUCCAGAGCCAACCACUGUCACUACUCCACAGCCAACCACUGUUACUACUCCAGAGCCAACCACUGUUACUACUCCAGAACCCACCACAGUCAUUAAUCCCGGGCCAACUCUUCCACCAGGCUUGUGUGAUUUGUUCCCGAUCUUUCCCUUGUGCCCAACAACUCCACGUCCUUAA